GCCCCUCCUCCCGGAUACCUAACGGAUUUAUAAACUUCAGACUAACAUAAAGAUGGCUGCUUCUUCAAUGUCUAACAUAGAAGAUGAAAGUUUAAAAGGCUGUGAAAUCUAUGUCCAAAAAUUCAAUAUCCAGCAAAUUCUAAAGGAAUGCAUCGUAAACCUGUGCAUUGCAAAGCCGGACCGCCCUAUGAAGUUUCUGAGAGAGCACUUUGAGAAACUAGAAAAGGAAGAAUGCAAACAGAUCUUGGCUCAGCAGAAGUCAAACUCCCAGUCAGACUCUCACGAUGAUGAGAUCUCCCCUCCACCCCCUAACCCAGUGGUAAAGGCACGGCGCAGAAGAGGAGGAGUCAGUGCCGAGGUUUAUACUGAGGAAGAUGCAGUCUCAUAUGUUAGAAAGGUUAUUCCGAAAGACUACAAGACGAUGACUGCCCUGGCAAAAGCAAUCUCUAAAAAUGUACUUUUUGCCCAUCUUGAUGACAACGAGAGAAGCGAUAUAUUCGAUGCCAUGUUUCCUGUCACACAUAUUGCUGGUGAGACCGUUAUUCAGCAAGGGGAUGAGGGAGACAAUUUCUAUGUCAUUGACCAAGGUGAAGCUGAUGUCUAUGUCAAUGGAGAAUGGGUGACCAGCAUUGGAGAAGGAGGUAGCUUUGGAGAACUUGCAUUAAUCUAUGGAACUCCAAGGGCUGCAACUGUCAAAGCAAAGACAGACCUUAAGCUCUGGGGCAUAGAUAGGGACAGCUACAGACGGAUUCUAAUGGGCAGUACUUUGAGGAAGAGGAAGAUGUACGAGGAAUUCCUGAGCAAAGUGUCCAUUUUGGAAUCUCUGGAUAAGUGGGAACGUUUGACAGUGGCAGAUGCUCUAGAACCUGUCCAGUUUGAAGAUGGGGAAAAGAUUGUGGUACAGGGUGAGCCGGGUGAUGAUUUCUUCAUCAUUACAGAGGGCACAGCAUCUGUUCUUCAGCGUAGAUCUGACAAUGAGGAGUAUGUGGAAGUUGGACGGCUGGGACCCUCAGAUUAUUUUGGUGAAAUUGCUUUGUUGCUAAAUCGCCCAAGAGCAGCGACAGUUGUCGCACGGGGACCACUUAAAUGUGUCAAGCUGGACCGCCCUCGAUUUGAACGCGUUCUUGGACCAUGUUCUGAAAUUCUCAAAAGAAACAUUCAAAGAUACAACAGCUUUAUUUCUCUCACUGUUUAAGGCGUUCUGUUCCAGAAUGCCGCUUAUGUGUUAAUUUGUGCACUCUGCGUUUGAACUGUGCAGUUUCCAUAGCUUUAUGAAAACAAAGAAAAUUGUGCAUUAAAUGUGAUUUUUUUUAUGUUCAUGUCUGCUGCAUCAGACAUCAGUUUGUAUAAUUACACACAAUUUUAGCUUUUGGAAUAGGAUACGCAUCCUCAGCAGAGAUUUUGUACAUGACCAAGGAGCGCUUUAUAAUCUUAUACUGGUAUCAUAAAAUUGCACAUUAAAUUGCAAGAUCUCAGAUUUUACUACAGGAUGAAUAUGAUCAUUUAUACAAAGCUGUAACGUGGCUGGCUUUAGGGAACAGCAAUUUACACGAGAAAGCAAAUACAAUGAGAUGUCAGAUUAAUUUCACAUUUAGUCCCAGGGAAGUUAACAAGACAUAAACUUUCUGUGACACUAAAAGCAUUAUUUAAACUUCUGUCAUUACAACACUUUUAUAUCUCCUUUGAAGUUCCAUAUCCUGUAAUGGAGGUUUAACGAUGCAAUGAGUUUUUAUUCACUGUAAUGUAACGCAGCGCAUCAUUAACCAAGCAUUACCUGCUUCUGACAAUACUGAAUUUGUGUCAAGGGACCCUAAUGUUUUUGUUUAUUUUAUUCAUUUUAUGUUUUGUUUUCCUUUUUUGAAAAUGGGUUUGUGAUAUUAUAAAUAUUUUUUCUUAAGGAAUUGAACUUAGAGCACAUAUUAAACAAAAAAUAGAAAACACUUUAAUAAUUUUUUUUUUGUGACAAUUUUUUUUUGUCCAUUCCUAGUUUUGUUGUUUUAAAUAUUUCUUUGUUUUUUUAAAGCAUAAAUAAUGAUUUUAUCUCUUGUUAUUAUUGUAAUAGGGCAAAUGAAACAGAAAAACAUGUGUGGGACCAUUAUUUAUGUAUACAGUUAAUGCAUAUGGUACAAAUUUAAUAGAGCCACAACAUUGCAGAACUAUGAUCAAUUUAAGUAUCACAGUUACAGGACCAUUAAAGGGAUAUGAAACCCCAAAUUUUUCUUUUAUGAUUCAAAUAGAGCCUGCAAUUUUAAAUAACUUUCUAAUUUACUCCUUGGUAGGCUCAGGAGCUAGCUGGUGAUUGGUGGCUGCACAUAUAUGCCUAUUGUCUUUGGCUUAUCAAUGUGUUCAGUUACAUCCCAGUAGUACAUUAAUCUGAAUCAUGAAUGAAAAAUGUUGGGUUUCAUGUCCCUUUAAAUAUAGCAGAAAUGCAUUUUCAACAAAUAAUAAAAAGAAAAUGCAUGUUGUAGCUUUUUAUCAGCCACAUUUCAAAGUUACUUCCAUCUCCUGCCCCUGUAUCAUGUGACAGCCAUUUAGCCAAUGCAUAUACAGGUAGCCCUCAGUUUACGCCGGGGUUAGGUUCCAGAAGGAAUGGUUGUAAAUCGAAACCGUUGUAAAUUGAAACCCAGUUUAUAAUGUAAGUCAAUGGGAAGUGAGGGAGAUAGGUUCCAGGCCCCUCUCAAAAUUGUCAUAAGUAACACCUAAUACAUUAUUUUUAAAGCUUUGAAAUGAAGACAUUAAAUGCUAAACAGCAUUAUAAACCUAAUAAAAUAAUCACACAACACAGACUUCACUUGCAUUUUUCUGCAAACAGUUCUUUCUAUGCAUUCCAAUCUGGACUGAUUUAUAGACAGGAAGAUCUUGUUCCUUUGAAAUCUGCUCGAUAGCUCAGGUCUGGUUAAACUGAUUAAUUUCAGCUUGCUUGGCUUUGCUGCAACACAAGCGGACAGCUCCACCUACUGGCUAUUUUAAUAAAUGCACUGCUUCUCAAUGCUUUUCAAUAGCAGUCACAUGGCUGGAAAAAAAGGUUGUUAUUCUGAAACGGUGUAAAUUGAACUGUUGUAAAACGAGGGCCACCUGUACUUAUGUACUGUGAACUCUUGCACAUGCUCAGUAGGAGCUGGUGCCUCAGAAAAAGUGCAUAUAAAAAGAUUGUGCACAUUUUGGCAAUGGAAUUAAAAUGGCAAGUUUUUUGGAUUAUGAAAGUUUGUUUGACUUCAGUGUCCCUUUAAGUAACAAAACAUGCUAAAGCUGUAUUUCAGUGCCAUCUAAAUGAAAGGACAUAAAGGAAUAAUGCUUAUAUGUUGUAAUGUGAUAUCGCGUUUUAGUAUUGCACUAUUGCUUGAACAGAACUAUGUCUUUGGUCCCUGCAAAAUAUCUGUUCUGAACUGGCUAUGUUCUCAUAGGCUUGACCUGAGCCAAUCAGGGAAAGCAUAUGUGCAUUACCACCAGUCACCAGCUAUUUCACCUCAGGCAAAGCAUUGGUGAUCCGGAGCUGACUUAGGGCCAAAUUACAAGUGGUGCGUUAACAGUUACACUUGAGUGAUAAAAUGUUUAUUGUGGCUGUUCACGCGUUGGGUUUUCCGCUCGUAUUUACAAGUUGAAAGUAAACGUGAUCGCUUGAGCACAAUCACGAUUUACACUAGAAUAAUUACUUCAUCCUCAGAGCAUAUAUAAGUUUAUAUGUGUGUACAUAUGUAUUUAUAUGUCUGUAUGUAUUUACAGACAUAUAUACUCAUAUAAACACAUAUAUACAUAUGUGUAUAUAUAUAUAUAUAUAUAUAUAUAUAUAUAUAUAUAAAUGCAUUGGAGCCAUUUGCAGAUAAGUAGAUGAAAACAUGUAAAAACAUAUUUAUACAAUAUUUAUAUUUAAUAAAGUGUUAUACUCAGUAUUUACUGUAAAUAUUUCACAUUCCAAUGUUCUUCACAUAAGGGAAUAUGUUCUAUGUAUUUGUAAAUAGAUAUUCCUAUAUAUAAUUUACAGGUAGAUAUAUAUUUAUAUAGAGAGAGAUGUAUAAAUAUAUUUGUCCAAAAACUAUCAGAUAUACUGCAUAUAGAAAUUUGUUUUUGUGAAUAAAUAUAACAUAUUAUUCUAUGUGCAGAACACUGGAAUUUGAAAUAUUCAUAUUUUCAUGUCAGGUUAGCGCAACCGAGAAUAUGGGAUCCGGUUUGUGCGCAAGUAGGGUGUUAGGUUUUUUCCAAAAUUUUUUUUCUCUUUUGACUUCUAUGGGGGAAUAGGUUAUCGUGCGAGUAAUAUCCUAAGUUCAGCUUUUUACACCCGUCGGGUUAGUGUGGGAGCAAAAUCAGUUUACUUUCAACUCAUAAUACAAGCAGAACCUGACACGCACAAAAAGCUUACUUCUAGCACAGUUAACGCUCAUCCGGGAGCAUUAAAUAACGCUCCACACAUAAUCUGACCUUUAAUGCUGUGUUUAACCGUGUUGUGGGGGCUAAAUACAUAGGUCUGUUCAAGCAGUAGCACAACAAGUAAAUGCUCAAGUACAUUUAAAGCUAAAAAAUAAUUUACUGUUUUUAUUUUUUUUCCUAAAAACGUAUGUGUGCAUGAUUUUAUAGGGGCAUAUCCAAGUGUAGUCAUUUUUAGACUUAUCUCUAGCACACACCUGACAUAGUUAUACAAAAAAAAAAAUCUGAAUAGCUUUUAAAGUUUUUACAUCUUUGUUCUGGACUUUUUCAAGUAAAAAUAGGACAAUAAAGAGAUAGGUAUCAGUAGGUAUUGCCACCAGUCUCCCUAAAAUUCAGGAAGAUUGGACAACUUUGGAUAAAGAUGUAAAUAGAUUUAGAGCCUUCAGUGUCAUUAUUCUUGCACUUAAGCUGACAGAAGCCAAUUUAAGAAAAUGGAAGGGGUAUCUGAUGAAAGGCUGAGGCUACUUGUAUACAAUCUUUGUUUAUUUAAAUAUGCAGGCUGCUUUCAACCCCAUCUUUGUAACUGAAGACUUUCUAGGUGUGGUCCUUUGUGUAUUUAAGAGUAAUUGUUAGUUUAUGAAGUGGGUGGCCCUCCAUGGGCUUUACAAGCAGCACUUUUUUAUGUCUGCACCAUAUUGUCAGAUAUCACAGCUCUUGUACCUUGGCUUGUCUAGAUAACAGAUACGGGAAAGUUUAUGCUACAAGCAGGCAAGGGACACCGCAGACACGCAACAAUACACAUUCCUUAAGUGCUCCUCAUUACAACAUGUUAAAUACCAGGUUUAAGAUACUUUUGCUUAUGCUUAAGAUAAUUAUAUAUUUGACAAUAAAUGUCUACUUUGCAAGGUGUACUGAGUGCUUUUCUUUUUUAUUGCAUAACAUUCACAAAACAAAUAAAUUAUUGACUGUAA